AGUGCAGAAAGCCCCCGGACAAUAUCGCUUGUAUAUGCGCCCAAUAGCGCUAACCUCAACAUUAGUUCCCUAGCCGUGUCUGCUCAUUCGUCCAAGCCUUCCUGCACGCUGGAACCUUCUCCAUUCGCCUGGCUGGCCACGCAGCAGUUUUACUCGCAGGUUCCCUUCAGAGCAGCGCACAAAAUGAAGGCUCUGGUGGUCAUCUGCCUUUUCAUGGCGGCCUCGUUUGCUGAUGCCCGCCCCAAGUGCCCAAGCGGACAUACUCAAAUUUACCCCUGCAAGUGCGCUAGAAGCGAAGACGUUGGACUUCAUAUCGUAUGCGAUGGCGUGAACUUGGCCAUGAUGUCACGGGGUUUGGGUAACGUGGAGCACCCUGUAGCUAAUCUUACUAUCACCGGAUCGUCGUUCAAAAGGUUGUUCGGUGACGUCUUCAGCGGAUUACAAGUUAUAAACCUUACCGUAGCUCAUGGAUCACUUGCCUCGGUUGCCACGGAUGUUAUGGACCACUUCAACGAAUCGCUAAAGUUGCUCAGCUUUGAAGACAAUGCCCUGACUGAGAUUCCCGUAGAACUGAUUAACAAGUUUAGGAAUCUGACGUCCUUAAAUCUAGCGCAUAACCGAAUCGAGGUUAUCCCUGCAAAUGCGUUCGGUGCCUUGAACAUCCUGUUCGAAUUGCGUCUUGAUCACAACCUCAUUUUCAAAGUUCACCCCUCCGCACUCACAGGACUCAAUAGGCUUGAAAGACUAGAGAUGCACCAUAAUAAAAUGGAGAAGAUUGAACGAAACACUUUCCGAUUUGCUCGAAAGAUCAAAUACUUAGACUUGUCCUACAACAAUUUCACUGCGUUCCAAAAGAUUGACUUCAACCAGCUUACAAAUAUGUGGUUUCUAAACAUAUCAAAUAACCGAGUGAAGACAUUUCCGCGAGGCAUGUUCGUCGCCAAUGCCAUCCUUCGUGUUAUCAACAUGUCUUACAAUGAACUUCCUGAAGUUGAUGCCAACACUGUGAAAGGCGUAAGGUUCCUUCGAGACGUUUACUUCAGAGGAAACAGGAUAACAAAAGUCCACAAGCAAGCAUUCGUGUCCUCUAGACAUAUUCGCACUAUUGAUUUAGCCUAUAACCUGAUGGAAGAUGUUGGAUAUGAGCAGUUCAAGGAUUUUCAGUGGCUUGAGAAACUGGAUCUGAGCUACAACAAGAUUUCUAAAAUUGCUAGCUCAGCCUUUUUGAAAAUGUACCAAGUUCACAUUGAUUUGAGUCAUAAUAAUAUUAGUUUCAUUGGAGACAUGGCCUUCCAAGAGUUGUCUAAUGUUACUUUGUUUGAUCUCUCACAUAACAACAUUACUACCAUUCCAAAAAAUGCAUUCUACUUAUCUGACGUCACUGUUCUUCUCCUUAACCACAACAACAUAACUGAUUUUAAUACGGUCCCGGUUGCUAACAUUACUGGAAUCAAGGUUCUUAACAUGACUUUCAACAAUAUCAACGAGCUAAAUCGAAAGGCAUUCACGAAGAAGAGGUUGUACGAGCUCCACACCGUUGAUUUCAGCUACAACAACAUUACUGAAAUCUCUGGAUCAGUUUUUGAGAAGUUGGCUGGCGUGCGAUUUAUAAACCUCAGUCACAAUGUAAUAAAGAAGAUUGGCUACAGCACUUUUGGGUCAAUUCCAACGCUACUCGAACUGGAUAUCAGCCACAACAAUAUCAGUGACGUUAGCCACGGUGGCCUCUCGGCCAUGGUCAGUGUUCGCCUGAUAAAGGUCAACGACAACAAGAUUAAGCGAAUGUUCAAUCUUCCUAUAGCAUUGAAUGAACUUCAUCUGCAAAACAACCAAAUCGCGCAUUUCGGCCCGGGAACAUUCAGGUCGAUGAAUUCCUUGCUAAGGCUCUACCUAGAUAGCAAUAAUCUCACUCGACUGGAAAGAGGAUCCUUCUCUAAUCUACUCACACUGCAAACGCUCUCUCUUUCCAACAACAGCAUAGACAGGAUACCUUGGGAAGCACUGCAGGAUCUUAGUUCUCUUCAGUACUUAUAUCUGAAUGACAAUAAGAUCAAAUCGCUCCCGAAGAAAGCGUUAGGGCGCCUGCCUGUCGUGUUCGAGCUCCUGCUCCAGAACAAUCAGAUCAACAAUGUCACGGAAUACGCUUUUGAGGGCAUGCUGCAGCUCAUUCGUCUCAACUUGAGCUACAACAACAUCUCCUUCAUCCCGCCGGAGGCGUUUAAGGGACUCGUUUCGCUGCAGACUCUGGACCUCUCGCACAACUUGCUCAACAAGCUCGAAAACAAAACCCACGGCUUGCUGGACGAUCUACUGUCGCUUUCCUCCAUCAACGUCUCUCACAAUGAGGUUGCUUUCGUGACGGAAAAGACAUUUCCUCGAUCCCCUUACAUUCCGUACAAGCUUAAACAUGUCGAUCUCAGCCACAACUUCAUUUCGGUUCUUACGAACAGCUUCGACGACGGCCUUGGAAAAGCGGAGUAUAUCGACUUGCGCCAUAAUCUCAUCAAUGAAGUUUACCCCAACGUUCUGAGAAACCUGAGCAGCCUAAAACAUCUCGAUAUGUCGCACAAUGAUCUGAGACACAUUGCCAAUGGCGCUCUCGUGCUACCAGAGAACGUUAGCUGGGCAGAUUUUAGCCAUAAUAAGAUAUUCUCCGUCGACCUGCGGGACUUCCUGGCGUCUCAGCAGCUGCGGCACCUUGACCUUCGGUUCAACAACGUGACAAUGUUUGAAGAGGAAUACAUGGCGAGAAUCAAGAAUGGCCUCCGGCUUUAUUAUGAAGGAAACCCAUUGAACUGCGACUGCCGCGUCAAGUACCUGCGCCAGUGGCUGGGUCACAACCCUCAAGCGACAGAGUGGAACGACGUUGUCUGCCACUCUCCUCACCACUUGCACAAGCGCCACCUUGCGGACGUCAGCCCCGAUGUCCUUGAAUGCCUUACCGACGAGGAGCGUGCAGUAAAGGGUGAGGAGGAUGAGUCAUUAGUCGACAUCAAGUUCAGGCUCGUCGAUUCACCAUCCAAGAGAGCCAUACGGUUCGCCUGGUACGUGGCCACGAAGGAGGACGUGUCUGGCUUCCGGGCUAUAGUGAGUGACGUGUCCACCAGCAGCCUCACGAGCGAAACAGAUAUUCCUUAUCGGUACAGGGAGUACACUAUUGAUGGCCUCGAGUCGUCGGUGGAAUACAGGCUGUGUUUAGUCGCCCUGGACUCAACAGGAGAAGCCCGCGGUCUUCCUAUGCGCCAGUGCAAGACAGUUACGCCGGUCGGUGCUGCAUCGAGGACAGUGAACUCUGUGCCUGUGUUGAUCGUUCUACUUGCUGCAGUCACCACUGUACUGUGUUCAGAGUUCUGGAUCUCGAGCACAUGAGCGCAUGGUUUUCAGGAACAUCGCGAGAGGCUUUAGGUCUCAUCUUUGCUUCGUGCUUCCUGGGACGCCGUCAAGUGUGUGGUUCAGUACAUGUGCAGCGAAAAACACUGCUAAACUUUGUGUUAAGGCCGGUGAGCAUAAAAAUCUCAAGGUGACUACAUGGCUGACCACAUUGUCGUGCGCAAUAUUUUAUGCCCGAAACCUCACAGAAAGGUUACAGGACUAAAUAAACACGCAAAACGUAUCAACGUACACUACUGGAGCAACGAAAGUGGCAUCGAUAAUCAAAUACAUAAAAGCGGUGUUGUGCAGCAAGAACAGAUUACCCAGAACAGUUUACUGGCCAUUCGAAAAAUUUCCCAAUUUUUUUGCAAUGUUAACUUCCAUGACACCUAAUCAGAGAUCACCGUGGUAAGUGCCUUGUACGUAUGCUGGCGCCGUCUUCUUAUUCUCGUCAUAUCUACCACCAUUUCCAUGCUGUGUUCAGGUUGAUGAGUUUUGAUAUAUAUUAUAAAGGCACCAUUGUCCUUGUGCGUUACAUUAUCAACGUCAUGUGAUGGGUGCUCUCGCUAGAACUUAUGCAUCAUGUUGGCAAGUGCUAUAGUCGACAAAUAGCACGUGUGCUUCAACGUGUGCCUCACUCCGAGUUGUGAAAAUGAAAAAAAAAAAAAAGAAAUGUACAGUUGUUGCCAGUUCAAUAGUUUACUUGUGAGCAUUUCGUAUCAAUUAUAACCACGUCCACUCUAUAUACCGGGCUGAUUAUGGCUCUCAUCUCUGUCCGCUUUGACACUAAUGUUCACAUAUUACAUGCCUAUGUACACUGUGUGGAAAGGAAACCAGUGGGAACCAUCGCCACAGUUUCGUCUAGACAAAUGAGGAAAAUUCACCUGUUACUUCCCUAAGUUUUCAUCAUUUAGCAAGACUCAUUGUUAAGUUAGUUGGUCUUUUAUUCUUAUUCUCACUACGGUAACAAUGCAAAGUGGCUAAGCCCCUAAUGAGUUUAUAAAACGGUUCUUUGUUUUGCUUCGAAAGCAAACGAUGAUCGCAAACAAAGCACCAGUGUCCGUUCGUCAAAUUAUUCAUCGAGGCUUUUUUGGUUCAUGUGCAUGGCAUGUGUGAAAGUUCACCUUGGGCAGAGAGAGGAAGGCGAAAAUGACCGCCUAAGGGAGCACGGUGUAAGUGUGAAGUAAGAGAAGUGCGAACACUUGGUUGUGCACGAUGCUGCAUGUGAAUGCAAGGCGUGACUUCGGGAGAAAAGAUUUAAAGCAAUAGCAAAAGCAGCAAGUCUCCGCUGUCCCUGGAGGCAUGUUUAUCAACAAUCUGUCUGCAUCAGUGAAGCGUCCGCAAACCUGCACAAUACCGGGUAUGGUUUUACAAAUGGCGCUCUGUGACAAGUGCGAGAAUUCUAGUUUUCUUCUUCCGUUUUUUUUCUUGUUUUUUUGCGCAGUGAUGCGAUGAUGCAUGCGCACAAUAUUGUACUUAUAUUGUUGGGUGGUCUAAUAAGAAUAAAAAGUUGAUAAUAGCACUCUCCCUUCUCUGUUUUUUUUUUUUUUGUGUCUGUCCGCUACAUUGCGGUAAGAAUUGUUAGAAUUCUAGAGAUUUAUAU